AUGAGUAUAUCCGAAGACACCGCCUUGGUGGAUAUUCAAAAAACUGCAAAUGGAGUCACUGUAGCCGUGAAGGAUGAGGUCGAAGAGCUUCCUUUGGCGCUGAUUGAAAACGGAAAGAAGAGAAAAAAGACCACUGACCAGGGAAACCCAAAGCCCAAGAAAAAGAAGAAGGAUAUAAAAGUUGAAGAUAAUGGCUCCCUGGCCGCAAUUGAUGCUGGAACUGCCAAAGACAACGAGAAUACCCUGGGUACCACAGAUUCACCAGCAGCCACACCUAAGGCUGCUAAGAAGAAAACCAAGAAAGAGCCUGGCCUACAAACACCAACGCCCAAGCCGGCUAGAAAGCUGCUGUCACAAACACCUGCUGCGAGUCAGGAAACACCCUCGCGCGGUAGAAGUGCUACACCCAAAGAAGAAGACGAGGAAGAGGGAGAUGACUAUAAAUGGUGGGAGGACGAGAAGUUUGGCCAGGGCCCAGAGAGAUGGCAGCUGCUCGAACACAACGGUGUGAUUUUUCCUCCGCCUUACGAGCCAUUGCCUAGUUACGUCAAGAUGUACUACGACGGGAAACCUGUGAAUCUUCCGCCAGCUGCCGAAGAGGUGGCAGGUUUUUUCGCGGCCAUGCUUGAGACAGACCAUGCCAAAAACCCUGUUUUCCAGAAAAACUUCUUUACAGACUUCUGUGAGGUUCUAGCCCAGAGCGGGGGUUGUGGCCGCAAUAUUAAGUCGUUUGAGAAAUGUGACUUUUCCAAGAUGUACGCUCAUUUCGAAAAGUUGAGAGAGGAGAAAAAAAACUUGUCCAAGGCUGAGAAGAAAGCUAUCAAGGAUGAGAAGGAUGCUCAAGAAGAGCCAUAUCGUACUUGCUUGUUAAACGGGCGCAAGGAGAACGUCGGAAAUUUCAGAGUUGAGCCUCCUGGGCUCUUCCGUGGUCGCGGAGCUCACCCAAAGACCGGUAAGCUUAAGAAAAGAGUUUAUCCUGAAGAUAUCACCCUCAACCUUGGCGCAGACGCUCCAAUUCCCCCUCCCCCUGAGGGACAUUCUUGGGGUGCUGUAAAGCAUGAUAAGUCUGUUGUAUGGCUAGCUAUGUGGAAAGAAAACAUCGCAGACGCACUCAAGUAUGUCAAAUUGGCGGCCAAUUCUUCGAUUAAGGGUGUGUCGGAUAUGAAAAAAUUCGAAACUGCUCGUAAAUUGAAGGAUCAUAUCAAAGAUAUAAGAGCUGACUACCACAAGAUGCUCAAAGAUCCCAUAAUGCAGAACCGUCAAAUUGCAACUGCCACAUAUCUCAUUGACAUUUUUGCUCUCAGAGCGGGUGGAGAGAAAGGUGACGACGAGGCCGACACAGUUGGAUGUUGUUCUUUAAGAUACGAGCAUGUCACUUUGUCACCGCCGCAAACAGUCGUUUUUGACUUUUUGGGUAAAGAUUCUAUCAGAUUUUACCAAGAAGUUGAGGUCGACCGUCAGGUAUUCAAAAACUUGCGAAUCUUCAAAAAGGACCCCAAAAAACCAGGUGAUGACUUGUUCGAUCGCAUCAAUCCAUCCAUUUUGAAUAAGCAUCUCCAGAAUUACAUGAAAGGAUUGAGUGCCAAAGUGUUCCGUACAUACAAUGCAUCUAAAACGAUGCAAGAUCAAAUGGACCUUAUUCCAAACGAGGGAACUGUCGCGGAGCGUGUUUUGAAGUACAACGCUGCAAACAGAACUGUUGCUAUCUUGUGUAAUCACCAGCGUACGGUAAGCAAAACACACUCAGUAACUGUUGGAAAGAUCCAGGACAGAAUAAAGGAAAUGGAAUGGCAAAAGCUCAGAUUCAAGAGGAUGAUCUUGCGACUUGAGCCCAAAGAGAUCAAAAAAGACCCCAAGUACUUUGCAGAGCUCAGCGAUAUGCCCAAGGAGGAAAUGCUCAUGAUCAUUCACGCACACAAGGAGAAGCAGCAACAGCUUGUGGCGCGGAAAUUCGCCAAUGACAACGAGAAAAGGAAGCUAGAAAACUUGGAGCCAUUCGACGAAGAUGAAUUGAAAACUAGACUUGAGACUCUUGAUGAGACCAUCUCUAUGUACGAAAAAGAGGUGCAGACAGAAAUUGUUGAACCAACAAGAGCGCUGACAGUGGAGAAACUCAGAGGCCAAGUUGAGAAGCUCGAGUCCAGAAUCUCAGCAACCAGUCUUCAGCUCAAAGACAAGGAAGACAAUUCGGAAGUUUCUCUUGGAACGUCCAAAUUGAACUAUAUAGAUCCACGUUUAACCGUGGUGUUCUCGAAGAAGUUCAAUGUUCCGAUCGAGCGUUUGUUCACGAAAACCCUUCGAGACAAAUUCAACUGGGCUAUUGAGUCAACGGACGAGAACUGGAGGUUCUAG